UUUGCAGAGUGCUUGACAGAGGGUACACACACUAGAGAAACAGAGCAUUCAAAGAGAAAAAUGAGAGGCUUUUGCUGUGUUGUUCUUUGGAUAUUUCCAAUUUUUUCUUCCACAAUAGUGACUAAAGAACGUGAGCGUUGUCAUGAGGUUCCAGUAAAAUGUCAGAAGACAAGGAAUGUUCCAUUGUGUAUUGAAGAUGGAAUGAGAAAUUGCUCAUCUACAGCCCCUAGGAUAAAAGACCAAAAAUAUUUCUCUACAUUAAUUUCCUCAGAGGAAACAGUCGAUACAGAUAGAGGAUAUGUAAUCCACAUCUCAGACGAAGCAUUAAAGAUGAGCUGUAAUAGAUGGGGGAAUGCAGAUUUGAUUGUGUCUCUUCUCAAUGAGACUUUCUUCAAGGUCAGCAGCAGUUUAAACAAGAAGGGGAAUAACCCAAGUACGCCAGGCACGAUAUUGCAUGGGCAAACUGUGUUGGGAGUUUGGCUUGGUAAGAAUGAAGUUCAGAACCUUUCUCAGCCUGUUCAGCUCAGAUUCAUAAACACCAAUCAGAGUGAACAUGGAACCUGUGUCUACUGGCAUCUUGAAAAAAAUGGCAAAGGUAACUGGAGGACAGACGGCUGUAAUACUACCAUCGUCAACGGAGACUUUGUAUGCAGUUGUAAUCAUCUGAGCUUUUUUGCAGUGCUCAUUAAUCCUGAAAUUCCUGAAGCGUCCCAUAUUGUCCCUCUCAACUACAUUUCAUACAUUGGCUCUGCCCUUUCAAUAGUAUUUACAGCGCUAAUGAUUGCAAUUUUUUUGUGCCAGAGGAAAAAGCAAUGUGAACAUUCAGUCAAAAUUCAUGUGCAGCUCUCAGGCUCCCUUUUCUUGUUGCACAUCUCGUUCUUGUGCAGCAUGUGGUUUUCAGGCCACAGAGACAUUGAUUCAGUGUGUCAAGCUCUAGGACUUCUCCUACACUGGAGCCUUUUAGCCACCUUCACUUGGACAGCCAUCGAGGGCUUCCACCUGUAUCUGCUGCUGGUGCGGGUCUUCAAUAUCUACAUCAAGAAAUACUUGCUUAAACUAAGUCUUGUGGGAUGGGGUGUACCUACCAUUACCGUGAUAAUAUGCCAUGUGACUAAAGUGUAUGGCAAAUAUACCUUUUACACGGGUGAAGAAAACUCAACAAUCACACCUCUAUGCUGGAUAACCACACGGACAGUGAGCUACAUUACUGUCAACGGUUAUCUCGGGAUGGUGAUGCUCUUUAACAUGGUUAUGCUGGGGGUGGUGGUGGUUAAAAUGCACAAAUUGAGAUCACAAACUCUUAAGAUUAAAGACCAUCGGAGGAGGGCAUGGAAAGAAUGGGUGUCUCUACUCGGGCUCUGCUGUGUUCUGGGAGUGCCCUGGGUCCUGGCUUUCUCCACCUAUGGCCCCUUGAGUCUCCCUGCGCUCUAUGUUUUCACCAUUCUCAACAGUUUACAGGGUCUCUUUAUUUUCUUGUGGUUUUUGACUCUCACGUGUCAAGCACGGAAAGAAGAACACAGCUCAUCAAAAGCCACCAUUCAGGCCAGCUUCAACAGUAAUGACGAAAUUGUGACAAGAUAACCAGCAGCUGUUCAGUCACAACACACAGUGGAGUUUAAAGGUGGACCCUCCAUUCUACACCAAAUCUUCGCUCUAGUCCUUUUUUUAAUUAUUAUUUUACUCAUUUGGAGCUUUGUGAUUUUCAAACUGGGGUCUGCAAGGGGGCGCUAAAGGGAAUCUGCAUACAGUAUAAUGGGGGGUGGGAAUAUUUAUUUCUAAAUGUGUUGAUCUGUCCUUUGUAAUUAUAUUCCAGAAUAGUUUGUUGUGUUUUACAUCUUUUCAUUGCCUCUAUCAACUUCCUACUGGCAGUUAAGACACUGCUCCGUGUAACGCAUGUUAAGAAAAAUGCUAUAAAAUAAAUCCAAAGUUGUCCUAACAUUGGGUGAAAAAAAAAACU